CUUGUUGAACAAGGAGAGUGAAGCCCGGUUCUUCCUUCUUCGAAAAUCUUCCUCUGCAUGGAUAUAUAGUCUGUGCUUUCACUGCGUUGAGAGCUCCCUUCUAGUUUGUUCGACCAGCAGUCACUCCAUUUAAGGCGAGGUCGGGAGGUUUCCUGUUAUCAUGGCCGGCCACCGCUACGAUAAUCCUUACGAGGAAGACUAUGUUAACCCCUUCUCCGGCGGUCAUCAUGCACGACCUGCUUCACACUCGAGGCCUGUACCGCUUCCUCCCGAACCAGCAGACUUCUAUGACCAUGGUGGUGCAAUUGAUAUUCCCCUCGAUCCAGUUGAAUCAAAAUAUCAGGAGUUGAAGCGGAAAGAGAAAGAGCUCCAAGCUAAGGAGGCUGAGCUGAGCAGGAGGGAAAAGGAAGUUCGACUUCUAGAAGAAGCUGCAGCUCGAGCCGGAAUUGUCCUUGAAGUGAGAAAUUGGCCUCCGUUCUGUCCCAUUAUCCAUCACGACAUUGCAAAGGAUAUACCAAUUCAUCUUCAGAGGUUACAGUAUGCUGCAUUUGCAACGUAUUUAGGAUUGAUUCUAUGCUUAUUUUGGAAUGUACUAGCUGUUACUGCAGCAUGGUUCAAGGGAGGAGACGUGAAAAUCUGGUUCCUUGCAAUUAUCUACUUCAUUUUAGGAGUUCCGGGAGCUUACCUGUUGUGGUAUCGCCCGCUUUACAGAGCUUUUAGGAAAGAUGGUGCCCUGAACUACGGUCGGUUCUUCCUGUUUUAUAUCCUUCACGUUGGAUAUUGCAUCUUUGCUGCUGUCGCUCCUCCGAUCAUCUUCAAGGGAAAAUCUCUCACGGGCAUAUUUCCAGCAAUGAAUAUCAUUGACAAAAAACCUUUGAUUGGGAUCUUCUACUUCAUCGGGUUUGGACUAUACUGUGCCGAAUCAGUACUCAGCAUCUGGGUUAUUCAGCAAGUUUACAUGUACUUCAGGGGAAGUGGAAAAGCUGCCGAAAGGAAGCUCGAGGCUGCAUUAGCUGAAAGAGCUGGACGCUGAACAUUCCCAGCUAGAAGAGCUUACAGGUGACUUCUAUGCUACGAAAACAGGUUGUAAGGCUUGAGGAGACGAAACUAAAUGUUGUGAAGCAGCAUUUAGUUUUUAUGAUCGGCUCGGGGUUGUUAUGAUAUCUUUUGUCGGUUUCAUGGGGUUGUAUUUUUCGCAAGUAAAAUCUGUAGGGAAACUUGAAUUGUGAGUCACUGAAAAGUUUGUUCAUGCAUAUAGAGAAAUCUUAUUUUGCAUUCUUUAAAA